CAGAAACUUUUUUUUGCAAUGGCAGAAAAUCCAGAGUACGAAGACAUGGAACAGCCUAGUUCUUCUACCGUAUCUCCCAUAAAUGUGAUCGUUUUGGGUAUGGCAGGUUCGGGCAAGACUAGGACCGUUCAGCGCAUGACCGCUUGGCUGCAUCAGAAUCGUUCACCGCCGUACGUUAUAAAUCUCGACCCGGCCGUUCUGGAAGUGCCCUAUCCCGUAAAUGUUGAUAUAAGAGACACGGUGAAGUACAAAGAAGUGAUGAAACAAACCGCAAAGCAGAUUUCAAGUAGGAAGCUUCUCGGUUUAAUCCAUGUUUAUGCACUUUUGAUUAGGUAUGUGCUGUUUGACACUCCCGGACAAAUAGAGGUAGUGACUUGGUCUGCUUCGGGCACAAUACUCAUCGAAACACUGGCUUCUCUUUAUCCUACGGUGAUCUUAUACGUCGUCGACACUGCCAAGUGUAUGAAUCCAAUCACGUUUAUGUCUAGCAUGUUGUACGCCUGCAGUAUUUCGUACAAAAUGAAGCUACCCUUUAUUCUUGUUUUCAAUAAAAUAGACAUUAUUCGAGCAGACUGUGCGAUUGAAUGGAUGAAAGAUUUUGAGGAGUUUCAUGAAGCGCUGAAAGAAUGCAGCAGUUAUAGUGCAGAUUUGGCGCACUCGUUGAGUUUGGCAUUGGACGAUUAUUAUUCGGUCUUAAAGGUAUACCAGGGCACUAUGUUAAUUGCGAUAUUGCAUGAUGGAUAUCCUAUUUUCAGACGUUAUGCAGAUGCUGAACUGGCCUCCAGAUGCGAACAGUUGGAGCAACUCAAGUUGGACAUAAAAGAGACGCCUUCAACGUAG